GAUUAGCGGCAGUGCAGCACGGCCCGACCGUUCUUUUUCCCUUGCUUUAGCGUGAGCACCUGCUCCUCCGCGCGACCACGCCACUGAGAGGAAGAGGAUUAGACCAGAAGCUUAAGCCCGGCGACGGGAUAGUGCCUUCUUGUGGCUUUGCUUAAGCGCGUACUCGCAGUUUGUUCGUUUAUUCCGUUCCACGCAUCCCAACAAUCCGUCAAUUCCCCACCGCGACAUAGGGAGAGAUUCCCUUGCCCCGACCGCGUCUUCGUUGGCUUCCGGUUUGUCCUUCGCCAGCUUUGACUUGGGUAGUUGGGUUUCCUCUUCUUCGGUUCUUCCCCACCUCCACCCUUGUUGGGAUUUCGUUGGCUCUUCUUGGGUUUUGAGGCGAGCGGCGGCGGCGGCGGCCUCGAGUUCUUGCUUUGAGUUGGUCCGUUUGGGAGGGUUUGCCGGGGGAGGGGUGGGAUUUCUGUCGAAUUCCGCCUUGGUUCCGUCGAAUUUGGGAGUUUUCCUGAGGAAUCGAGGCGGCGUGCGGUGAUUGCAAGGGGGGAAAGGGAAAGGAGGAAGCUUUUUGGUUGUAGUUUUAUUGCCGGAGAUGGGCAAGCCGUCGCUGAAGAAGAAGAGGGCCUCCAGCGGCGGCGGCGGCAAGUCCGGCGAGCACGGGGGCAAGCCGGCGCUGGAGCGCUCCGGCUCCAAGGUCCUCGACGGCGACGAGACGAUCUUCACGGACAUGGCGCAGGAGCACAAGGAGGAGGGCAACAAGCUCUUCCAGCGCCGGGACUACGACCGCGCGCUGCUCAACUACGACAAGGCCAUCAAGCUGCUCCCCCGGGCGCACCCCGACAUCGCCUACCUCCACAGCAACAUCGCCGCCUGCUACAUGCAGAUGAGCCCGCCCGACUACUACCGCGCCAUCAACGAGUGCAACAUCGCGCUCGAGGCCUCGCCCAAGUACGCCAAGGCGCUGCUCAAGCGGGCGCGCUGCUUCGAGGCGCUGGGCAGGCUCGACCUCGCCUGCAGGGACGUCAACAAGGUGCUCGCCCUGGAGCCCAACAACCUCACCGCGCUGGAUGUGGCCGACAGGGUCAAGAAGGCCAUGGAGGAGAAGGGGAUUGUCUUGGACGAGAAGGAGGUCAUGCCCACGCCGGAGGAGGUGGUGGCCGCUGCACCCAAGCAGAAGCCCCGCAAGAAGAGGGGAGGACGGAAGUUCGCCGCCAAGGCUGCGGCAGCGGCUGUGGAGGAGGCCGAGGAGCAGAAAAUGGCAGAAUCUGUCAAGGAGGAAGAGGUUGAGGAGCUGCCGAGGCAGGUGAAACUUGUGUUUGGGGAGGACAUAAGGUGGGCUCAGGUGCCGGCGAGCUGCAGCAUGGCACAGCUGCGCGAGGCCGUCCGGAGCAAGUUUCCCGGGCUGAAGGCUGUUCUUGUCAAGUACAAGGACAAGGAGGGUGAUCUUGUGACAAUCACCAACCAGGAUGAGCUGAAAUGGGCUCAGGAGUUGGCUGAGCCUGGGAGCUCACUUCGGCUGUAUGUCACUGAGGCCAACCCGGAGCAUGAACCUUAUGUUGAUGAUGCAAAUAGUGGGCCAUUGGAGAAAAAUGUGAACAGCGCGUCGGAUAAUGGAAGUAUCAGAAGCAAUAGGCAGGAUGAGGAUAGGAGCACGGUGACUUGUAUUGAUGAUUGGAUUGUGCAAUUCGCUCGGCUUUUCAAGAACCAUGUCGGGGUUAGCUCUGAUGAGUAUCUGGAUCUCCAUGAAGUUAGUAUGAAGCUCUACACUGAGGCAAUUGAGGACACUAUUACUACUGAGGAAGCUCAAGAGGUGUUUCAACUUGCAGAGCGAAACUUCCAGGAGAUGGCAGCUCUUGCAUUUUUCCACUGGGGUAAUGUUCAUAUGUCCCGGGCCAGGAAGAGGUUGUUAUUGUCAGGAGAUUCUCCAAGAGAAUUGGUGCUUGAGCAAGUGAAGGAAGCAUAUGAGUGGGCAAGGGAAGAGUACAAUAAGGCUGGAAAGACAUAUGAAGAAGCCGUGAAGGCCAAGCCGGACUUUUUCGAGGGUUUCCUUGCACUCGCGCAUCAGCAGUUUGAGCAAGCCAAACUGUCAUGGUACUAUGCAAUUGGUAGUAACAUGGAUCUGGAAACAUGCUCAACUGAAAUCUUGGAGCUCUUCAAUAAAGCUGAGGAUAACAUUGAGAAGGGUAUAGAAAUGUGGGAGGAAACGGAAGAACAGCGUCUGAAGAAUCGAUCUAAACCUAGCCAGGAGAAUGUUGUGCUAGAAAAGAUGGGCCUGGAGGAGUAUAUCAAGGAUGUAUCCACUGAUGACGCGGCUGAACAGGCUUCCAAUUUGAGGUCGCAGAUAAACAUUUUAUGGGGUAUGCUCCUUUAUGAGCGUUCAGUUGUGGAAUUUAAAUUAAGUCUUCCAAUGUGGGAAGAUUGCCUGAUGGCAGCUAUUGAAAAGUUUAAACUUGGGGGAGCUACAGCUACAGAUAUUGCUGUGCUGGUGAAAAACCACUGCGCCAAUGAAACCGCCCAAGAUGGUUUGGGGUUCAAGAUUGAUGAAAUUGUUCAAGCCUGGAAUGAAAUGUAUGACAUUAAGAGGUGGCUGCGUGGUGUUCCAUCCUUCCGCCUUGAGCCAUUAUUUAGGAGGAGAGUUCCACAUUUGCAUACUGCGCUGGAACAUAUAUAGUAGAACAAUAUGCUCUACGGCAUAUUGAAUUUCAAGGCUUUUUUAUCAGUGCCAAUUUUCUCUUUUGGUCAAUUGCUGCAUUGGAUACAUUACAUGGAUUUGUUUGGUUUCAUUUUUUUUUAUACUUGAAAGAGUCUGCUUCCUGGUUGUGAAGCUAUUCAUACAAGCCUAUUAUUUUCACAAGGCUGGUAGCCCUUUGCGUCUUGCAUACUCUAGUUCUUUGUAUUGGUCAGGUUUGCUUUGUAGUGCGCAGGAAGCUGUGCCUUUGUUAUGAAUUAUUGGUAAUGCAUAUCUAUGACAUGGUAGUUCAUUGUUGGAGUAUGGGAUUGGUGCCAUCCUCCUUCUGUUUCCUUGUAUUUUGUCUGUUUUGCAAUUGUCAAACUCAGUUAGGCUUGUACUGUGGUUACAUUUAGGAUGUGCCGUCAUUGAAGUAUGAAAGAAAGAAAAGCAUAAAAAAAGAAGCA